AGAAAUCAUAAUUUUUAGUUUUCCCAUCUCCUGAUAUUUUUAACUGAUCCUGCAUUUUACAAGAUACAUAAUGACAUUGAGAUCAUGUAUAUUUUCCAAUUAAAUACUACAAUCAUAAUUACAAUAACUAAAAUCUCAAAUUUAUAUCAUGAUAACCUCACCCUUUUUUUUUUGUUCAUUCGAUAUUUAUCACCUACUUUUUUGAGCAAGAAAGUUGCUUUACUUUUUUUGUUUAUUUAUAUUUUCUCAAUAUAUAUGACCUACUUUUAAACAAAAAGGUUUUCCACUUUUUUUUUCGCUUAUAUUUUUUUUUUAUAUUAUGACGACUAAACAUAAAUCACCUAAUAAAUCGUCUGAUGAUAAUCAAGAAAUAGAAGUUGAAGAAGAUAUUAACAUUGAGAAGGCCAAUCAGUUGAUAAAAAAAAGUAAAAACCAUAGUAAUAAAGAAGCUGCCAAAUCUGCUGAUAAAGAAGUUGUAGUAGUAAGUGAAAAAAGUAGUAAUGAUGAUGAUAAGGAUGAUGUGGGUAAGACGGAAGAUCAUAAAAACCCCGAAGUAUUUCAAUCAAAGUCAAAUUUAGAAAUAGUUGCUUGGCUCGUCAACCAUCUGGAAAUUUUAAGAUUGGCACUAAAAAUGAACAAAACGGAUGUUGCUAUUUCAUCAUCCAGUAAAAUUAUAGACGACGAAAGUGUCAAGUGUCUUUUUUUAUGUGCGAGAAGUCCACGUGAAAAAUUUAAAGAAAUACGAAAAAACAGAGCAUCUACUGGAAGUUUAUCUCAAAAGGAACUUAUAGAUUACCUUGUAGCUGUUAAUAUUUCAGAAUUAACAAGAAAUGGAGGGUUCGAUAUUUUGGUUAAUUUCGUAAGAGAAACCUUUAGGGUUAUGUGACUAAACAUUAUACCAUAAUGUCGAGUGAUAAUAAUAUAAAAUAAAAUGGAUGUAUAAAACUAUAAAAUGUUUGUCUAAAAUAUAACAUUUUCAAGUUUAAAAAGUAAUUGUUAUUUUGUUAAAAAUGGAAUGGUUAUUAUAU